UCGAUCGCGUCCAAGAAAAGAUUAAUAUAAGAAUCUCAGCUCCCAAUUACCCGCUAAACUAAUGGAGGUUGUAAAAUCCAAACACCAAGGCCAGCAGUCUGGCACCAAUUUUACCCUUGGUGACGACAAUGUCUCGCUAACGUCGUCAUACUAUAAGGACUACAUCGAGACCAAAACAAUGUCAUCCGAUUCGUCCAGAGGGGAAGAAUACGUGAAACCACCACUGGCCAUGCCACCUCCUUGCGCCAAGAUUCUCCUAUCCAGAGAGCAGUUCCCCACCGCACAUGUCGCUACCACCACCAAUCGGCGAGACUACCGCGGCUGCAGCGCGUCCGACGCGGUAUACCGCGAGAGGCUGCGGGACUUGACCUCCAUCAAGACGCUGCACAUGCAAAACUCGGUCGUGUUCGGCCCGGGAGGGGGCGCACACGCCCAAUUCCUGUCCAGCGCGCAGGAGCAUUACCGCAACCCAGCCGACACGGCACGGGAAAUUAUGAGAUCGGGACAACAGUUGUAGAUGACGUCAUAACCUUUAUGCGGACUGGAUAGGAGCUUCCCCUUUUAAAUCGAUGCUUCAAUCAAAAUGAUUUACACUGGAACAGCCAAACUCCGCACGGAAGACAAUUAACAGUGAAAAACAGUAUCAGCAAAACCUUCAGUGGAGAUUUAUGAAAACAAACGUAGAGUUGUACCAGAUGUGCUUUCCGCGAGGGGAACAAAAGAUCCGGAAGUGAACAUUUAAGACCGUCAAAACACAUACUCAUUCCCUUACUAAAGUUGACUACUCUUACCUUUAGGAUGACAAACGACGCGACUGCGCUACACCACAGACUGAUCAAAUCCAGCUGCCAUGGAGCAAAUACCUAUUACCCUUAUUUCUAAAUAGAACCCCUAUUUUAUACAAGACACUGCAAACAGAAAGAGCGUUGAUUAAAAUCACACGCUGUGAUGAAAUUCUCCCAUCACAGCUUUCACGUAAGGUAAACGGUUGCUCUGCAUCGCCAAACCGAAUGCUAGGUAGGCUGUUUGAACAAAGAGCUCAUGGUGAAUUAGUAAAGUGUUAUUCUCAAGGAAAAUUAGAGGAUAUAUGGAUGAACGCAUCUGAGUAAAUAUGAAUAUACAUGUAAUCUUCUUUUAACUUAA